CUGAUUGUCAUUUUACUGCGGCCACUUCGCUGAGCAAAUACAAUACAACGAAGCACUUCUCACAUUGGCAGAAUUCUGGUUUAAUCAUUACCGAACUAGUUGAAUGGGAUUAUGAGGGUGACAACAUUUUCUGGUCAAUAUAUUGAGGAAGUUGGCUUCACGAGUAUUUGAACAGAAAACCAUAAAACCACACACGCAUCAUACGACACAAUAAGUUCCGGGUAAAUGGCAUGACUGUGCUGGUGGGGCAUUCCUGCGAAUCGACGGGAACUUGGUUUGACAAUCGGACGGACAAUGCGACUACCCAAGCGUGAACGUACACGCAUCACAAAUCAAUCGUGACAACGCGUUACCCCUUGCCAAAGAAAUAGGCACGACUAUCAUACUACACCCAUUCGUACAUGAAGGAGUGUAGAUCUGUUUAAAAACAAUCAGGUGACAAGAUAAGAGACGAACAAUAUUUUUUCCACCAACGGCCCAUUUUCAGUUGACAUCGCGUAUUGGACUGUCUAAGGAUCAUCAUGCCGUCUCGAUCGGCACAGGCUUACCGUGGAGAGAGAGAUGAUGACGGGUGGGUUCGUCCCUACGACCCGCACCGGGACGUCGGUGAAUGGUCUGUUCGUCCACAUGCUCAGAGGGGCCAAGAAAACUACGGUUUUGAGAGGGAUUACGACCCCCACUACGACCACUACUACAACCGACCGUACUACAUCUCGGGUAACAACGGAGAGAGUCGGUCACAAAGGACUACAUCAAGAUACUCUGACUCCAACAGACAUGUGCCAAUACCCAAGGCAAACCGACGGAGCUUCAUAUACUGGCUUCUCGCGAUUUUGUCCGUUCUUGCCGUGCUUCUUCUUGUCGCCCUGGCUAUCUUUGUUGUUAUUUAUGUACUUGAUCUCCAGAGAAACAACUCGACAACGUUGACCAUAGCACCAACUCAGCGUCCAGGAUUUACAACGCAAGCCCCUCCAGCAGUGAAGGUUAAUGUUGCCAUGAAGUUGAAUCAGCUAUUUUUGCCGGCUUACAAUGACCCUCAGUCCCAACAGUAUAUGGAUCUGGCAGCCAGUAUUAGUGCUUCUAUGGCUAAUGCCUUCCUGACGAGUGACCUGAGGGACAGUUACAUUGAGACAAAUGUCAACGGUUUCAGCAGUGGGAGUGUAGAUGUCAGCGUCACGAUCUCAUUCACUCAGGCCAUUGUGAUUUUGACACCGACGGCGGAGCCAAACAGCGGGACGUCCGUGGAAUCGCUCGUUGGGACGAAAGUUGAAAUCACCAUCACCACGGCAAUAGACAGCAAUGCCUGCUGCCAAGGCCUUGACAUUGAUGUAAAUACAGUGGAAGUCACACAAGUGGUCAUAGAAACAUCGCCGACCUCACGUCCGAGUGUCCCACCAACAGCUCCACCCCAACAGCCCACCCCCACCCCUGAUGUCCCUUCAGUGGCCCCACCCCUCACUGCUGCACCACCUACCCAGAUGCCGGAGCCUGUCGCUACUACAGAAUCAGCGGUUGAAGCUUCCACUGCCAAACCUGGUCCUGAUCCUGUCCCGACCACAGCAGAGGUUGAAGCUUCCACCGCCAAACCUGGUCCCGAUCCUGUACUGACCACGGCAGAGAUUGUCAUGACAACAGAGAAAGUCAUCCCUCCGACCACAGCACCAGUAAUUCCUGCGACGACAGAGGGAGCCAUCGCUGUUACACCGACAGAAAUGGCACCUGCCCAAACGACAACACCCGAAGCCCCUGCUUCUACCACUAAAACUAAGGAAACAACACCAGUUGUUGCCAUGACUACUGAGGAGAGCCUUGUUGACACAACAGCUGUCGGUAAUCCUGAGACAUCUACCCCUGCAGUUCCGUCUGCAACAGCAACUGAAGAAACAACACCAGUUGUUGCCAUGACUACUGAGGAGAGCCUUGUUGACACAACAGCUGUCGGUAAUCCUGUGACGUCUACCCCUGUAGUUCCGUCUGCAACAGCAACUGAAAUGAUCAUGACUACUGCCUCUCUUGAGACCACCACGGAAGAGGUGACAACAGCUGAACCAAGUGUAUUGAACCCGCCACAAUGUGGCCUAUCCAGUCAGCCCCCUCCAUCACCCCCUGGUGCUACCCCUACAGCUCCAGGUACGUGGCCGUGGGUCGGGUCCUUCAGGUACCGCACCGGCCACUACUGCGGGGCGACACUACUGAGCCAUGACUGGGCGGUGACCUCAGUCACCUGCCUCGGGACAAGCGGUUUGUUCAUGUCGAUAGUCUUUGGUGACGUCACAAGCUCCUACAGCCAAUCCGUUGUCCACGUGGAACGGGAAAUUGAAAGAGUUUACCCCCAUCCGGGUUUCAAUCCGGCUACCUACGACAACGACAUAGCGUUUAUUAAAAUGGCGCAACCCGUGGUGUACAGCGAUGGCGUGGGACCAGUGUGUUUUGAAGCAGGGAGCAGUUCUGCUUCCACUUACGGCAGUUGCUAUAUAGCUGGAUGGUCCUCUUUGGUCGGUGUACAAGAAAACCUGAAGACGGCAUUGGCCUCCAGCAUUGCUGACGGUCCGUGCCCUGAGUCUGAGCUGCCCGUGGACCUCACUGACAAAUUCAUCUGUGCCGAGUUUGCCAAUGCUGAUGGUUGCAUUGGUGACUUGGCCACUGGUUUGAUGUGUCAGAAUAAUAUGACGGGGGUUUGGACUCUCGUCGGUAUGAUUGACUCCACCUCUGAUGAUUGCCGAAAGGUCUCCUUUCUUAAAGUGUCCAGUUACUUUGACGUGGCAUCGUCAAUUGUCAACGGUGCCCCCGAGUACCAGUGUGACCCGAUUGCAGUCCCACAAUGCACCGCUGCCCUGUCCUACUCUUCCACUUACCCAACUACCCAGUCCGCAGCGACCGAUGUCAUGAGUGCAGCCGAGUCAUUUGGUCUGAGCUGCCACAGCCUCGUCAGUACCGUCCUGUGCACGGCCCUCUUGCCUGAGUGCCGGAGCAAUGGCGCCGGACUAACUUUGUGUAGGCAGACAUGCGAAGAGGUAAACGGCGCCUGUACUGACCUGCUCAACCACUUGGCGUUAUCCCUGGAGUGUGAAUCAUACCCUAUGGGCUUAACGAGUGAAUCAGGAUUAUGUGAAAGUGGACAAGACUACUCGUGUGGAAAUCGUAGCAUUUCACUGCCGGCCGUCUUUGACUACGUGACCCUCUCCUCUCCCAAUCACCCCAACCCCUACCCCAACAGCGCUGACUGCGUCUGGAUCGUUACGGCCCCACAAGACAGCUACAUGGUCAUCAAGUUCCUCUCGCUGGACAUAGAGACCUGCUGCGAUACGUUAUCCAUCGGAGAGGGAAAUGAUGUGGAGGACAGGACCAGCAUCCACAAACAGCUGUACGGUAACACCCUCCCCAUGCUCAUGGUGAUUCCUAGCUCUGUCGUGUGGCUGAGGUUCCAGUCUGAUUAUGAAACUCAGAAGCAGGGCUUCCAGGCCGAGGUUCAAGCCUUAGAAAACACUGGUCUAGCCAGUUUCUGUUCUGACGUGUCCUCUUUCCAAUGCUCUGACGGGAUGUCCUGUAUUCCAUAUCGGUGGCGCUGCGAUGGCUUCCAGGAUUGUGUACUCAACCAGGAUGAAUCGUGUCGAGUAUUUGUCCAACAAUUCUUCCUGGGCGUUGAUACGGAGCAGCAGAUCACGUCACCGGGCUACACCACAACGGGAUACCAUAACGGCGCCAGCCACACAUACCUUCUUAGCACUGUAUCCGGCAGCAAACUCCUCAUCAAUUGGGACGGCUUCUACACGGAAAAGGGCUACGAUUUCUUGGAAGUGGGCGAUGGCCUAGACCCAGCGGAUAAGUCCACGCUGUUCUUUCGUUGGGACGGAAACGAGCUGCCGCCGACGCUGCUCUCCAAUGGCAACGAGAUGUGGAUUUUGUUCACAAGUGACAAUGUUUAUAAUGACCGCGGUUUUGAUCUGGUCGUCUUUGAUGUUGAUGGCUCAGAGUCCUUUGACUGCCAGAACCAUCAGUUUGACUGCGGCCAUUCGGUGUGUAUCCCCAAAAGCAAACAGUGUGAUGGAGCAACAGAGUGUGUCGACGGAGCAGAUGAAGCUGGUUGUGUGACACUGACCCUAUCAGGCGCCAUGAUACUUCUGGUUCCAUUUACGAGUGAGCUUGAGAACCUAACCUCAACAGAAUAUGUGGGACUCAGCCAGAAUUUCACAAAUGCCAUGGACUCAGCUCUUGACAGUGGGCUGGGAGCCCAAUACAUCUACGUAGACACCACCAUCGACAGUUUCAAGUCAUCUGACGACCCAACCCUCAGAGCAGCCAACACACCAGACACCUUCGUGGAAUUCACCAUCCAACUGAUCAAUCUUCCCCCGGUCAAUCCAAUCAGUGACACUCAGCAGGCCGUCAUGGCUAUUCUAACCAGCGAAGCCAGCGAUGGAAGCUUGGGAAGCAUCCCCGUCAAUGCCAGCUCGGUUGAAAUUUACGAUGUACCUGAAUUAGCUACGACCGAGUCACCAGAAGUAACGGAAAGGCCAUCCGUGUGCGCCGGCGAUGAGUUUGAGUGUGACAGCGGGCAGUGUGUUCCUAGGGCUUCAGUCUGCGACCAAACCGCUGACUGCUCGGAUGGCACUGAUGAAGUAGUCAUGGCGCUCUGUCCUAUCGCAUGUGGACCUUCGGAUGUUGACCUUCCAACCCAAGGCUCCGUUAGCCUGGCUGUGCCCACUUUCUUGCCAGGCUUAGCACCGGCAACCUUUAGUAGGUGCGGGUACUUGGUGACUGCCCCGGAAGGCUACAGGAUCUAUCUGGUCAUGCACAAAGUCAAAUUUUACCUUGUUUAUCAAACACUCAUUCUGACCUUCGGAGAGGGGAAAGUGAUCCAGUACGACAGGAGUGUGGAGCAGCCGCUGGACAUCAUCAGCCAGAGUCGAUUACUGCAGAUUGCUUAUUAUGGUUACGUAUGGAUUGGAGACUACGGCAUUGACUUUGAAUUCCGGGCCACUAAUGACACAGAUAUUGAUGUGUGCGACAAUGGUGUUCAGGUCUUACCUGCGGAGAAGAUAUGUGAUCAGAGACACGACUGCUUGGACUACAGCGAUGAAAUCGGCUGCCAGCCCCAAUGCGGUCAGUCCAACUACACCCUGGCCCCUGACGUCACGGUCCCCUUGCAGUUGACCGAUUACCCAGCCAAUUAUGUCAACAGCAUGGCCUGUUUGUGGUUGAUCACCGGCGUGGCCAACGCCUCCAUCAUCUUCCAGACAUUCUCAGAUCUGGCCGCUGGGGAUACGUUGUCCUUUGGUCGAGGGCACGACCCGUACGACCCGUUGAGUACCGUGGCCGUGGUACCUGGCAUCCUGUCCAACGGUUCCUAUGUCCUGGUGUCGGAGAGCCAAGCAUGGGUGCUGUUUGUGUCUGAUGCGGGAGAGACAGGCACAGGAUUCAGUGUCAGCAUGCAGGUGCUGUAUGAUGACGAUGGAGAUUUCUUUCACUGCAGCAAUUUGGUGCAAGUGGUGCCCAUGGACAAUCGAUGCGAUGGGCUGGCUGAGUGUGUAGGAGACCCCAGUGAUGAAAUCGACUGUGACGCAGUAGAUACAUGCCAGGUCAUCCCGAUUGCCAACUGUUCCCGGCUCCUCCCCUACAGCAGGACCCAACUCCCCGGCCGUUUUGCCACGAACGCUGCCUCCGCGAUGGCCCAGUACCAACAGGCCACAGACCACUUCUGCCAACCCCAGUCGGAGCUGGCGAUCUGUUCGUUGCUGUUCCCAGAGUGCCCCACGGCCGAGCCAUCCAGCAGGCGGGCCGUCUGUCGGAGCGUCUGUGAGGGGGCAGUGGAGGGCUGUAACUUCAACGACGGCAUCUGUGACUCCUUGCCAGACACCGGCGGCGAUCUGUGGUGUAAUUACGAGAAUGACAUCCUAGAGACUGGGAUCUGCGGAACUGCUCCAGCGGGACCCAACCCCGUUAACCGUAUCGUCAACGGUCAGGACGCGUCGCUGGGUGAGUGGCCCUGGAUGCUGGCUGUCCUGGAUGAGGAUUUUAACCAUCGAUGUGGAGCCACCUUGAUCAGCAACCGGUGGGCCAUCACAGCUGGUCAUUGCGUCGGUGUCAGCGCUUGGGUCCUAGCCGGCGUUCUUGAUUUGUCAAACCUGGGAAGCCAUUACCAACUGGCCAAAGUCAGCCAAGCCACUGCGCAUCAGUUGUACGACGACAAUGAGCAAUAUGAUGUAUCACACGACAUUGCCGUGCUGAAGCUGGAGACUCCCCUGGAAUUCAACGACUACGUCCGACCGGCGUGUUUGAACGCCGCGCAGAACGAGACGGAAAUAUACCAGAAUUGCUACGCCACCGGCUGGGGAGCUCUUCAGGAAGGCGGUUCAGUUUUUCCCGACAUCCUGCAAGAGGUAGUCCUUCCUCUUAUCCCAUUGGAGAAUUGCACGGCUUUUCUUCAGGAUUUAUAUUUGAUCACUAAAUACAUGGUCUGCGCUGGCUAUGAGGAGGGUGGCAAAGACUCGUGUCAGGGUGAUAGCGGAGGUCCGUUGGUCUGUAAAGACAGUGACAACAGAUGGCAGCUGAUAGGAGCGACUAGCUUCGGUCUGGGGUGUGCUCGGCCAGGCAGACCGGGAGUCUACAGCAGGGUCUCGCAGUAUCUGGACUUCAUCCAGUACCACGUUAACCUAGAUCCGCCCACACCAGGAAAAGUUAUUGGCUGAUCUGGAGUAGGACAAGGAGAUAUCUGUGAACACUUGUGUCUCCAGUUGAAAAGGUCAGAUUAGUACUUAUAUUCCCGUCACCAUGGUGACCUACCGGUACUCACAGAUCUAUAAUCCAGGUCAUAUCGAGCUGUAAGCUCUACAAUUUAGAGACAAAAUUACAAAAUUGAAUGUUUUUAUGGUGCGGUAUAGUCAAAACAAGAUAUGACUGGUUAGAACUUGAAAUGGAAUUUCUUUUAAUUUCAGGUUGUCUUGUGUGUGUCGGAUUUGUGACCCUAAAUAAACCAAUUUAGCAAACAAAAUUAGAAGCCAUAUUUGAUGAAGAACCAGACUCGCGCUCAGGUAGUACAUGCAUGCACUCCUGGCCCCAUGGACCGAUAGCCCGAGUUACCAAAAUGCACAUAAGUUGUAUAUUUAAGAAUUCAUGCAGCAUGCAUGCGAAUGUGGUUCCGCGUCAAAACUGGCUUCCACUUUUGUUCGCCAUAUUUUUGUUUGGCAUUGUAAAGGGUAAGAUUUAAAUGUUGAAAAUGUUAAAAACAACCAUAUUUUUAACCAGAAGCCCUGAAGAGUUUUUGUUUCAUCUGUUUUUAUAAAACACAAUAUGUGUUGGCUUAUAAAGAUCUUAUGUUGCUUAACACUAAGUGGGGCAAAUGUACUUUUUGAGGAUUUCACGUGGUUGUUAUUGAUACCGGAUCACGGAUAAUAAACUUAACUGGGAUCCCAUUUUUCAAAUGCCAAUGUGUGAUGGUUCAACUUCAAAAUGUCUUCAGCAGACAGCCACCACUAUAAAUUUUGUAUUCACUCGGUACUUUCAGUUAACUCAGUUUUGACUUUUUACAGUUAUAUUUUAUAUAGCCUGGAUUUAAAAUAUUUGUAUAUAUCUGUUGAAUGGAAAGUGCCUACUGUAUGGUUUUUAAAACUA